AUGAAUGCAUCCCUGACAUGCUUGCAUAGAAGCAUACUCAUCGUGUUUUUUUCGUUUCAGGAUGGCAAAGGCCUUGGUCUGUCGAUUGUCGGUGGAUCGGAUACGGUAUUGGGUACGGUGGUGAUCCAUGAAGUCUAUCCAGAUGGUGCUGCUGCACAUGAUGGACGACUGAAGCCUGGAGAUCAAGUGCUAGAGGUGAAUAAUGUCUCGUUGCGGGGAGUCACUCACGAUCAAGCCAUCUCAUCCCUUCGCCGAACUCCUCCAAAGGUUCGACUUCUUAUCUAUCGAGAUGUGAACCUUCAGCUGAGCCUCCUCGAUCCCACCCAAAUCUAUAACAUGUUCGAAGUGGAACUGGUAAAGAAACCUGGAAGGGGCCUUGGAUUGAGUAUAGUCGGCCGCAAAAAUGAGCCUGGUGUCUACGUGAGCGAAGUGGUAAAAGGUGGCGCAGCCGAAGCUGACAACCGAUUGAUGACUGGCGAUCAGAUUCUCGCUGUCAAUGGUCAAGAUGUGGCGAAUUCAAUGCAAGAAGAUGUGGCCGCUAUGCUGAAAACAUGUGUUGGACGAGUUUGCUUGAAGGUAGGACGGUGGAAAAUCACGGAAACGGCGAAUCGUGUGCAUGCGGAAGCCCUUUCUCGAUCCCAGACAACCCCACGGGUACGUGCUUGUUUUUUAUUGGCUUCACUAUUAUGCUGGCAAAUUUCAGCAGAUGAGUCGCGACCGUCAGGGUCUACUGAAAAACGCGAUGUGCCAGCACCAGCUCCGCCUCUUCGACCCAUCAUCACCCACACUUCUCCGGAAGGAGAAGCUGUGGCUGAAGCAGAUGUACAUCUAUCGCCUGUUACUGAAGAGCCAAGCAGCGGUACUGAUCAGCGAAGUCUUCAAGACGAAGAACGUGGUGUAGUGCAAGGAAUGGAACUGUUAAGUGAUUUGAAAGAAGAAGGAAGUGACACCUUACUACUGGAGUUAAAAAAGAUUCCCGAUCAACAGCUUGGAAUGGGCAUCGGAAAGCGGUCCCGUGGAAUUCUUGUUACCUCUUUACAACCUGGUUCAGCAGCCGCUGAGAAGUUGAAAGUUGGCGAUCGGAUAUUGGCCGUGAACGCUUUACCCGUCACCGAUCAGCUCUCUGCGGUGACGUUCGUAAAAGCAAGUGGUCCUCGGCUGUUCCUACAAAUCGCUCGACCACGAACUGCUCCUCAAUAG